GGGAAGUGAGGUCACUUCCUGUGUUGGGGACGCCGGGGGUCUAUAUAAACCCUGGGACCUGAGCGUCUGUUGGUCAAUCUUCUGCAGGAGAGCAGACGAGAGAGAGACGACACCUCGAGGCGUUUCAGUGUUUCUGCUGAUGAUGAAGACACAGAGAUCUCAGCAGCGCGUCGCUCUCAUGAUACUGAUGGUGAUCACAGCCGUGCAGUGUCAGGAGGACCAGAGCAGGAGGGCGGUCACAGAGCAUCAGCUCAUGCACGAUCGCGGUCGCUCCAUCCAGAGUCUGAGGCGCUUGAUCUGGCUGUCCAGCGCCAUCGAGGGGCUCCACACUGCGCAGGCGCGCGCACUGAGCGCUGUCGAGGACGAGCCGGACAGCAGGUGGCGCGCGCAGCCCAAGAGAGCGCUGGAGACGCUUCUGAGUGACGUGUACAGACCACACCUCCUCACCGCUGCGCUCGGAGACGGAGAGAAAUAACAUCAUCUCGAGGACUGUCCACCCGUCUUCACUGAUGUCUACACUCAUUAUGAUCAACAAUACUCUGUUAUACACAAACCACGCUGAUUAUA